AUGCAGCAGUUGUUGGACAAUGCAUCAGAGACCGAGGAAUGCAGUAAAGGGGGAGGCCCCAACCAGGAGGCCGGCCCCUGCAGCGGCGACCCUGCCCUGCCUCAGGUCUACGCCCCGCCACCUUCCUACCCCCCUCCAGGUCAAGGUCCGCCAACAUCUGCAGGCAGACUGCCACCUCUUGAUUUUAGCUCUGCGCAUGCCAGUUCAGAGUACCCCGAACAUCCCCAGCUCAGGGUCUAUCAGGGCCCCCAGCAUGAUGGGGCAGAGGUGUUGACAACCAGCAACACGGACGAGGCGUUGGUUCCUGUGACCUCUGACCCACAGUCUCUGAGUGUGUCGGUGUCGUCUGGGGGCGGAGCUGGAAGUGGAAGUGAUGAGGAAGGGUCAGGUAAGGCCCAACCAAAACGCCUCCAUGUCUCCAACAUCCCCUUCCGCUUCAGAGACCCAGACCUCCGACAGAUGUUUGGGCAAUUUGGCAAGAUCCUUGAUGUAGAAAUUAUCUUCAAUGAAAGGGGGUCAAAGGGCUUUGGAUUCGUCACCUUUGAGAGUGCAGCCGAGGCUGACCGAGCACGAGAAAAGCUGAAUGGAACAAUUGUGGAAGGGAGGAAGAUUGAGGUUAAUAAUGCCACUGCAAGAGUAGUCACCAAGAAGCCUCAAACACCUCUUGUGAACGGUGAAAUUUCAACUUCUGGAUGGAAGAUCAACCCUGUCAUGGGGGCAAUGUAUGCACCUGAACUCUAUACAGUUGCCAGUUUUCCAUACCCUGUAGCCACUCCUACUCUGGCCUAUCGGGGCUCUGCACUGCGCGGCCGAGGCCGAGCCGUCUACAACACCAUCCGCUCUGCUGCAGCCACACCUGCUGCUAUGCCGGCCUACCCUGGGGUGGUGUAUCAGGAUGGACUGUAUGGAGCAGAAGUUUAUGGCGGUUAUCCUGCAGCUUAUAGAGUGGCUCAAUCAGCAUCUGCUGCUACAGCAACCUACAGCGACGGAUAUGGACGGGUUUACGCCACAGCUGCAGAUCCCUAUCAUCACUCAGUUGGACCAACAACAACAUAUGGGGUUGGUACAAUGGCCAGUCUGUACAGAGGAGGGUACAACCGCUUCACCCCAUACUGAGAUGUCCAGAGAAGUCCAAAGAAAUCUCUCUUGAAGUAUGCCUGGGACCGGCUGAUCUGUGGCGCUGCAGGACAGGUUAUGAGAUCCUCAAACUUCUUGGGAAUGUGGAAAUGGUUUUUACGUCCUGUCUCCAUCACAACCUCUCCCCUGAGAGACUAAACAGACUGAAGUUGUAAAUACUAUAAGACUGAAGAGGAUGAUAUGUAAUAUAUAGACAGUUGCGUAACUGAUUAUUGUUUUCUGGAUUUUAAAGAGUAUUAAUGUUGGUAGAUCGCUAACACUACAGUUGGUGAAAAAUACUGUGAGAAUUACCUUUUUUCUUUUGUGAUUAAUAUCUGAGAUUUUUCAAUUUCACGGGUCAAGCUGUACAAAAAGAAGAGAACAUUUUGUACAAUGUAAAAUGACAUAUUUUUUGAUGACAAAGAUUUACUAAAUCUCUCUAUUUAAGUGUGCGUCCGUGUGUGUGUGUGUGCGUAUGUGUGAGCACAUGAGUAAGGCUGCAUCAGCAUCGUUCAGUUAAUCCAGUCGACUGAGAGACAGCUGUGACACUGGUAUCACUAUAACUCAUAUUUUUCUUGGCCCACUGAAGUGUGACAAACGCAGAACUAAUGUUUGUCUGGGUUGUCUGUGGUUGGAGUUUCAUUUGUUUUUGCCUCUCUAACAAUCUACCUCUCAUACGUUUGUAGCUUUUUCAUACGGCUGUCAGUAUUAAUCAUGCGUCGUUUUCUCUUUCUGUGCGUAAAUCAUGACUAACACAGUCUGGUUUCUGUUUGUGUGGCUCUGUAUCUGACAAGUUUUAUUCUACCAAGCAGCAAUCACAGUCUUUUUGCAGCUGGUUUUACCACAUAAUCCUUGCUCAAAGGCAUCUCAUCAGUAGAAAUGAUAUUUUCUGACUGGAGGCAGCUUCCCUCAUCUUUAGGCUGCUGUCAAUCAUUCAAACUCUUGUUUCAUGUUUCCUUAUCUUUCUAUGUGCUGCCAUCUUUUCUUCUGUUUUCUCUCCUUCCUCACUCAGCUGUUCAAUGACUUCUCGACUGCCAUUGAUGAAAUCUUGUCUUUGUCUCUGUUGCACUCUUUGCUGCUGUGUUUGAUGUUUACCUCGAAAUAAAAACUCUUUUCAUCCC